AUGACGUCAAACACUUGCGACGAUUUUUACCUCGUGGGCCAUUUUUUUUUAGCGUUAGCAAAACAACCGCAUACAGAAGACAGCUUGUGCUCUCAGGAAAGCUUCUCUUCGAGAUCAUGCCCUAUGAUCCCGAUCAUCCUCCGGCUAAAAAAUUUAAGCCGGCGUCCGUUUUCUUCCGCCUCGACAAGCAGAAACCUGGCAUGCUGCUGCCCGGGAAGGCAAAAGCCAUCACACCGAUUGAAGUCCAAAGGAAACAACUUCCUAUUUACCAAGCCAGGACUCAGCUUGUGAGCCAACUGAGACAGCUCCAUAAUGCCAUCCUCAUUGGCGAGACGGGCUCAGGGAAGACCACGCAGAUUCCCCAGUUCCUGUACGAGGCUGGGAUCGGACGGCAGGGCCUAGUUGCAAUCACUCAGCCCCGCCGAGUGGCCGCUAUCUCGCUGGCAGGAAGGGUGGCCGAGGAGAAGAGGACGCAGCUUGGCAAGCUGGUGGGUUACUCGGUGCGCUUUGAGGAUGUCACAUCCCCCGAGACCAAGCUGAAGUUCAUGACGGACGGCAUGCUUCUGCGUGAGGCCAUUGGUGACCCCUUACUGCUGCGCUACACCGUAGUCAUCCUGGAUGAAGCUCACGAGCGCACAGUGCACACUGAUGUACUCUUUGGAGUGGUUAAAACAGCGCAACGCAGGCGCAGAGAACUUGAUAAGAUUCCUCUGAAGGUCAUCGUGAUGUCGGCCACGAUGGAUGUGGACCUGUUCUCUGAAUACUUCAACAAGUCACCUGUGCUGUACCUGGAAGGCAGACAACACCCCAUUCAGAUCUUCUACACCAAGCAGCCUCAGUCCGACUAUCUGCAAGCUGCUCUUGUCACCGUGUUCCAGAUACAUCAGGAAGCGCCCCCAUCACAUGACAUCCUCGUCUUCAUGACGGGCCAGGAGGAGAUCGAAGCCCUUGCCAGGACGUGCCGAGACAUUGCCAAGCAUCUGCCAGACAGCUGUGGACCCAUGGUGGUCGUCCCGCUGUACGCGUCCUUGCCCCCAACCCAGCAGCUGCGGGUCUUUCAGGCAGCUCCGAAGGGUUGUCGGAAGGUGAUCUUGUCGACUAACAUAGCAGAGACGUCGGUUACAAUAUCCGGGAUCAAAUACGUUAUCGACACAGGCAUGGUGAAGGCCAAACGUUUCAAUCCUGACAGCGGCUUGGAGGUCCUGGCAGUGCAGCGGGUUUCUAAAGCGCAGGCAUGGCAGCGAGCAGGCCGUUCUGGCAGGGAGGACUCAGGAUUUUGCUAUCGUCUUUACACUGAGCAGGAAUUUGACAACCUCAUCCCCAUGACUGUGCCCGAGAUUCAGAGGUGCAACUUAGCCAGCGUGAUGCUACAGCUGAUGGCGUUAGGGAUUCAAGAUGUCCUCAAUUUUGAUUUCAUGUCCAAGCCCUCGCCAGAGGCCAUUCGCUCAGCCGUGGAGCAUUUAGAGCUGCUGGGGGCCGUGGAAAGAAACGAGGGGCACGUUCUUCUCACCGCUUUGGGAAAGAGGAUGUCCAAUUUCCCUCUAGAGCCAAGAUACGCCAAGACCAUCCUGCUGUCCCCCAGCUAUUCCUGCUCAGAGGAGAUUCUCAGCAUCGUGUCUCUGCUGUCUGUGGACACCGUGCUCUAUAACCCCCCGGCACGGCGAGAGGAAGUGCUGGCCGUGCGAAAGAAGUUCACGUCCAGUGAAGGGGAUCACAUGACACUCCUCAACAUCUACAGAGCGUUCAAGAAAGUCAGCGGAAAUAAGGAAUGGUGUCGGGAAAACUUUGUCAACAGCAGGAACAUGGGGCUGGUGAAAGAGGUCCAAGCUCAACUCCGAGAAAUCUGCCUUAAGCUGAAUCUCAAGCUGGAGUCAUGCGGCGCCGACACAGGGAAGGUCCGCCAGUGCCUCGCCCACGGGAUGUUCAUCAACGCGGCGGAGCUUCAACCCGACGGCAGCUAUUUAGCCCUGGACGCUCACCAGUCGGUGGCCAUCCACCCUUCCUCGGUCCUCUUCCAGGCCAAGCCGGCGUACGUGGUCUUCAACGAGCUGCUGCACACCUCACGCUGCUACAUGAGGGACUUGUGUCUCGUCGACGCCGAUUGGCUGCUCGACGCCGCGCCGGAGUACUUCGGACGGAAACUGCAUCUCACCAAGAGCUAAGCGGAUAUGAAGGACUACCACGGCUUAUUUAGCGAUGGCGAUGGAUUGCACUCCCUCCCACUUCCACACAAAGAUAGAAGUUUAUACUAAUGCAAUUUACACUAUGUGGCCCUCACUGGAAAAUGUUGGGACCCCCCUGCUUUAGACAAACGUACAAGAUCUUCUCUAGGCUGUGGCUGUAGAGUACUUCCAGACAAGUCAGUUACACAACUCAGAAAAAGUGAAAUGUUCAGUGUUUCGAUACUUUUUUGUGAAUUGUGCCCUUCAGCUCCUUGUGACGGAGCAGCAGAAAGGAAGGAAACCUUGGACAUGCGUUCACAAGAAGGUCCAAGUAAGUUCACAUGUAAAGGAUUUUUAGCUUCAUCCUGAAAUUUUGCCGGAAAACCAAAUUUCCAUACCUUGUUGUGAGUUGUGUAUGUUCUUGCAUUUCAAACAGACACUUCCUUUUAUAUCUGUCCACAUCAGCACGCACUUGUGCAUGCCUUUUUUUUUUUUUUUUUACACCUUUUCUAAACGGUAAAAGAAGCAUGGGAAUGUCAUCAAAUUCUACCUUUUUGCUAUUGUCUGCGUUUAGCUUGAAAAACCUCCAGGUUCAACCGAUGUAAGCAAUGCACGUAGAUUGUGAACAAUGAUCUGACUACUCAGGUCUUUUGCACUUUGUAGAAUGUCAAUGAGAAGCAUCUUUUGUGUUUUUGUACACUAGACUCAGGAUUGUACAGUGUAUAUAUAUAUAUAUCAGGUUUUUCAGACCCUAUGAAAGCCACAUAUGCAUGUAUUUUAAUUGUGGUAAUACACUGAUAGAAUUCGACACCGCUUUUCAUCAUUUUAUUCUUCGCACGGUGAGGGGUAGCAAUGACCCCACAACAAUCAGUUGUAAAUUCAAUGACUUUUCCGUGACUUUAAAUUUUUCCCCAAAUUAAAAAAAAUCCCAUUGAAAAUGA